AUGUUCUGGCGUCGUAGCCAUGCGAAGAAGGCGGUAGUAGAGGAGACAGAUGAUCUAGUAAAGCUGCAGAAGGAGUUUGGUAUUACUUCAAUAAGUGAUGCAGACGUGCAAGCGGAGUUUCUAGCUCUUUUUGGCGCUAGUACUGGCUCAAGUCUGACAAAAGAGGAGCUUCUUUUGUAUGGGGCACACGACGAAGACGAAGACGAAGAAGCCAAAAUCCUACGCGAUUUGCAGCUGAAUGGAAAUGAAAAUGAGAGUGAUGGUCAUCAAGCAGCGAAGAAAGAGUUGCGUGGAGUGUUGGAAGAGGUCCACAAGACUGCGAAGGAGAGUCACAGGCGAGAGAUUGCAGAGAUAAGAGGAGAAGGUAGGAUAGUCGCCCCGCCAUCGUCGGAGAGGCAGGUUCAGGAUCUAAAGAUAGAGGCGCUGACGCUCAAGAGAGAGGGAAAGAUUCAGGAAGCGCUGGCCAAGUUUCGUGAGGCUAAACAACUUCAAGAGAAGUUGUUAUUACAGGGACAAGAGACGUCGAAGUUACAGCACGAGAAAACGCAACAUAAUGUGCUACCACUGGUGGAUUGUGUACUAGAUGAUGGAGACGACGAUAUUGAAGUUACGGACGAGGACAUGCAGGACCCAGAGUUUCUUGCUCAAUUGACGAAAAUGAGACUUACAGAAGACAAUGAAGAUCCUAGUGGUGCCGAAGCUGUAGAUGCGAUGCAGGAACUAUCUGCUAUAGAAGCAAAGAUUCACGAGUGCAAAGUUCAAGCCGUACAAUUUAAGCGUCAGGAUCUGAUCACAGAAGCGCUGGCUUGCAUGCGGAAAAUCAAAGAAUUAGAAGCAAAGCAAGACAAGCUGCGAUCCUCUCCAGUGAUAUCUACCCAAGCAUCAAAUGCUCCGAUUCGAACAACACUUGAAGUUGCAAGAUCUGUAACUCAUUCUGCUCCAGACAACAAUUUUGCUGUUACUCGCUUGAAUUUGAAUGCCGUGCCUUAUGAUGAGAAAUACCCAGACAGCGAUAAUGAUGUCAAGCCUGACGUCGAUGUUUCUUCUGAAGACAUGAACGAUCCAGCCUUUGCAGCGGAAUUGCAAAAGUUAGGAAGUGAGGAUACACCUGAGCCUGUGCAGCAAGAAUUACGUACGUCGCCGAGCAUCACAGUUGAACGAACGGUCGUUGUUAACUCGCGAUUCUUGAGACAUGAUCCUUCAAUUGAUGAAGACUACCUGAUCGACGCGUUCGAUUCUGACGAGGAAACAUAUCAUCUUACAUCGGUAUUGUCAAGUGGAUCAUUGCACUCAGAUUCUUCUUUACUAGAAGCUGAAUGUAUCACAUCGUCUGCUAAUCAGACGAAAGCAGAGAGUACUUACGUUACUGACCUUUCCACACAGCUACAAAAAGCCAGGCAAACGGCGUUGUCUCUGAAGCGGAAAGGGGACAUUCAAGGCGCUCUUAAAGCUAUGAGGAGAGCUAAACAGAUUCAGCAUCUUAUUGAUCACAAGCAGCUAGUUCCUGAUCAGCCUACAUCUACCAUUGGCUCGCUACACAAUGUCGCCAACAGUGCCAAAUUCCAGGUGAUUGAGCAACUGCUGGUCGAUUUUGGUAACCGAACGAUGAUAUUGGCAAAAGAUAAUGUGUCGGUCAAUCGCGAAAAAGCCUCGAUGUAUUUUAGCAAGCGGAAGCGUUAUGAAGCCGAGCUGGAGAAGUUGCGAGUCAAACGGCAGAAUCCGCUGCAGCCGCCUCCACACUACGAGAUUGUCACAAGCUCGCGAAAUGUAGUGUUUGAACUGCCGUUCGUUCCAGAUGACCAGAUCAAGGUUUCGGUUAAAAGUGUGAACGGGCUAUCGCAGGUGGCAGGUAAAUCCGUUUUUGUCAAGUUUUGCCUCAAUUUUCCGUCCGGGACACCCCAUGAGGGGCAGACUGCAGAAUUCCAGAUCAGCUCCAAUGCCUCGUUUUCUACAGACAUUCCAGAGAAUAUGACGAGCUUCGUCUUCAAGUUGGCACGGUCACGAGGGACGAUGCGGCUGUUUGAAAUAAAGAAGGCAUUUUUUGAAGUUUGGAAGCCGGCAACGCUAUUUCGGAACCCUGAACUUGUCGCUCGAGCUUAUUUGGAACUGGCACAUCUGCUGACGUGCUGCGAAAUGAACGCUCAUAUUCCAUUUCUCGGCCCAAAUAGGAAACCUUGUGGAGGCGAUAUUGAGGUCGUACUCCAAAUACGUCGUCCAUUGAAAGAGAAGGAAACCCGCUUGGAGACUGUGGAGGAAUUGGUCAUCGGUGAAUAUCCCGAGCCGAUGACAAACUCCGUAAAACACGUGUCCAUGCCUAGUGUGGUACUGAAGCAAUCAUCAGCUAGCUUCCAGAAUCUUGUUACGAUAGGGCCAAAAUCAACGCCUGACGAUCAGAGUGCAGUACUAAAGGAGGAUCAACCAGAAUCUACAUCCGCACCGUCAAAUGACCCACAUCAUCUCGAUCGAAUUGUCAGCUACGAUGUUAUUAACGAAGAGCUUGAAAAAGUGGCAGCUAAACUACCUUUUUUGGCGGGACCCAUUGCAGUAGAAUGGAGCGAUCGAUAUGAAUCUCUUGUUUUGAAGAAACAACUGCUUGAGAUCGAGAUGCAGACUGGAAACUUGACGCUAGAAAUGUAUCUUGAGCGUCUACAUGUACAAAUAUCUGCUGAUCGGGUGUUGCUAUCACAAUUGGCAGCUUCAAAUCAACGGUCAGAUGCCGCACGUGUUCUUCAUCGUAUUAAAGUGAUGGAAAAAGAACUGAUAGACGCUGAAGGCGGUCGCUAG